UGUUUCUGUAUGAAUGUGUGAGUGUGUGUGUGUGUGUGUGUGUGUGUGUGUGUGUGUGUAUAUAUAUGGAUGUGUUUUUUGCAUGAGUGCAUUUCCUCUCUCUGUCUGCACCGACGGUGUCCUGAUCCAUUUCCUCCUCACCUAAAGUUGCAAGAAUGUUCCCCUGCCAGGCAGCGCCGGGCCAGUUUGGACCAGAGACACGGGAGCCGGGGCUGAAGGUGUGGCGGGUGGAGAAGAUGAAGGCGGUGCUGCUGGAGCCGGCUGAGGUGGGGGCCUUCUUCAACGGAGACUCCUACCUGGUGCUGGAGCACAGGGGGGACCAGGGGGCAGACCUGCACAUGUGGAUAGGUGAGAAGUCAUCUCGUGACGAGCAGGUGGCGUGUGCCAUGCUGGCUACCCAGCUGGACAACUUCCUGGGUGGUGACCCCAUCCAGCAUCGCCAGGUCCAGGGCUACGAGGCCCCAGAGUUCAUGAACCUCUUCCCCAGGGGGGUCAGCUACAAGGACGGUGGUGUGGAGUCGGGUUUCAGGCGGCCCCAGGGUGGGUCAGGGCCGGUCCACAGGCUGUACCAGAUCAAAGGGAAGCGCAACAUCCGUGCCAAGGAGGUGGUGCUGAGCUGGGAGAGCUUCAACAAGGGAGACUGCUUCAUCCUGGACCUGGGAGAGACCAUAUUUUCGUGGAUCGGCUCGCAGGCAAACAUGUUUGAGAAGCAGAAGUCGCGUGAGAUCGCUAGCCUGAUCCGCGACACUGAGAGGCACGGUAAAGCACGCAUCACUGACAUCAGUGAGGGAGAGGAGACGCCGGAGAUGCUCAAGGUGCUGGGACCAAUGGUAGAGCUGGCAGAGAGCACUCCAGAAGAGGACAGUCAAGCAGACGUCUCCAACUCCGCCUCCCUCUACAAGGUGUCCGAUGCGACAGGUAAGAUGAAGCUGACCAAUGUCUCUGAAAAAUGCCCAUUUGCCAAGGACCUUCUGAUGCGUGAAGACUGCUUUAUUCUAGACAACGGGGCCAAUGGAAAGAUCUUCGUCUGGAAAGGUAUGGGAGCCAAUGCAGAGGAGAAAAGGGAGGCCUUGAAAAUGGCAGAUGACUUCAUCCAACAGAUGAACUACCCCAGGAUGAAAACACAGGUGGAGAUUCUACCACAGGGGAGGGAGACGAUCAUCUUCAAGCAAUUCUUCAACAACUGGAACUAAACUACAAGGGUUUUCAGAAAGGGGUCUCAAUUAACUGUUGCACUCCUAAAAUAUAAUGAAAUAACAACCUGGAAUAUAAAAGGUCUCAAUCAAUGUUUAAAAGUCUUCUCAUAAGGAGUGAAAAAAUCUCAAAUUCAAGAACAUUUUUUUUUUUUUAUAUGUGUUUACUUAUAUGUAUAUAUUUGUAAGGUACUGUACUCACAGACAACAACUGUUUAGUCAUGCAUAGGUCAAAUUAACUCAAAAUAAUGAGAGCAUUUAUAAUGAUGUCACACCAAAUGGAUCCCUAAGUCACUACUACUGGUUCUGACUGGGAAGGAAAACAUGUGCUCACUGGUCUUACUGGGCUCUGUUAGUGGUCUUAUUUAAAGCCAAGAUGAUAUUCCACAAAGCCUAUAAAGUGAAUUUGUUUGCUUUUUUUUUUUACAUUUGUUUAAGAAUUACAGGGACAUAUUCAAAUAAUACCUGUAGUAGAUUAUGAAAAUAAAUGGAAACUGAAAGAA